UUCGAUCCUUGGACCUCGUCCUCUGCACUGUCCCCCAACGACUUUGCCUCUUGCGGACUCUGCUCGAUCCAUUCCCCCUUCUCCCUCUCCCUCUCUCUCUCUCUCUCUCUGUCUUAUUUUUAUCGGAGGGUUUUGAUUUGAUCGUGAUCGAUCUUGGUAUGGUCGCGUGAGAGAAGCGGAGCGAUGGGCGACGUCGGAGGCGGGACCGACGUCUGGAACUCAUCCGGCCCCGAUGCGGCGUCCGCGGAUCACUUGGUGGUGAUGGUCCACGGAAUCCUCGGGAGCACUGCUGACUGGAAGUUUGCGGCUGACCAGUUUGUUAAGAUGCUUCCAGAUAAAGUGAUAGUUCAUUGUAGUCAAAGAAACAUGUACAAACUAACAUUAGAUGGUGUUGAUGUUAUGGGUGAGAGACUAGCGGAAGAGGUAACUGAAGUAAUCAACAAAAGGCCAAAUCUUCGAAAGAUUUCGUUUAUUGCACACUCAGUUGGAGGAUUAGUAGCAAGAUAUGCAAUUGGAAGACUAUACAAAUCUCCUAAAUGGAAAUCUCUGGACAACCCUCGGUGUACUGUCUGUGAUGACAAUCAAACAGGCAGUAUCUGUGGUUUGCUAGCAAUGAAUUUCAUCACAGUAGCGACACCUCAUCUUGGUUCUAGGGGAAACAAACAGGUUCCAUUUCUUUUUGGUGUCACUGCUAUUGAAAAACUUGCUUCUUGUGUCAUACACUGGAUAUUUAGAAGAACCGGCAAGCAUCUUUUUCUAACCGAUGAUGACAAAGGAAUGCCUCCAUUGCUGCAACGGAUGGUGGAUGAUUGCGAUGAUCUUCAUUUUAUGUCUGCCCUGCAAGCAUUUAAACGCCGAGUGGCUUAUUCCAAUGUUGACUAUGAUCACAUCGUUGGAUGGAGGACAUCAUCAAUCAGACGUAAGUCUGAUCUGCCUGAGUGGGAAGAUUCUUUGAACGAGAGAUACCCACAUAUUGUAUACGAAGAAUACUCAGCAGGAAGCAGAAAUGAUAAGUGCGUUACUGAUUUGCUUACGAAUGGUGACUCUGAUAUGAUAGAAGAAAUGCUAGUAAUGGGCCUCACACGCUUAUCUUGGGAAAGAGUGGAUGUCAGCAUCCAGAGGUUCGGGGCACACAGUGUCAUUCAGGUUAAGGAUCCCUUCGAGCAUUCAGAAGGUGCAGAUGUUAUACAACAUAUGAUUGAUCACUUUCUCACUUGAGAGAGCUAAUGAUAUAUAGAGAUGGAACUGUGACUAUAUUGCCAGGAACUACUCAAAUCAUCAGGAAACUGUUAUAGAGUACAUGAGUACUCAAUGCCAUAGGGCAACACAAGAUGCAAAUCUAGUUAAGUCAGCAGCCUCACAGUCUACUUGAAUUAGAUCCUCAGAUUCUCAAAUAUUUUUUUUUACUUUCAUCAGUGGCAAAUGUAUUAUAUUGCAUGAAAACAUAAGUUGCAACAUCAUAUAAUAGUAAUUUUAUCUACCCUUAUUUUUCUUUUUCUA